AUGAUGUCGUCGUCCAUCAGUCGACAAACGGCCGUCGAGUUUGACCCCGCGCUCAAAAGCGUUGUGGUCGAUCGACUCUGUGGCGAAGCUGUGCUUCGGGGCAGUGACAUUUUCGCUCGAGGGGUCAUGAGUGCGAGUAGCAGCAUCAAUGCCGAAGAUAAGGUCAACGUCUUUGUCGAUCUCGACCACAAUCACACGCGGGGCAGUGACUUUGCCACGCACACGGGACGGAAGCUGCUGAUUGCACGGGGUACGACGAAGAUGGCCAGGACAGAGAUGUUCCGAGCUGUCCAAGGUCUGGCCGUGACUCAGCUCGUCCGAGUGUGUCCAGAUGCACCGCCAAUGAACGGGGUGCUGCCAGGGCUCAUUUACGUGCAGAAUCUGCCGUGUUCGGUCGUGGCCCAUGUCCUCGACCCACAAGCGGGUGAUGUGGUGCUUGACAUGUGUGCAGCGCCUGGGGGCAAGACUUCGCACGUGGCUACGUUGAUGCGGAACGAGGGCAUCUUGGUAGCGUGCGAUCGGUCGAAACGAAAGGCACUUGCACUGCAGACACUGUGCGAAGAGCUUCGUCUCGACUGUGUUGUACCGCUCAAGAUGGACUCGACCCAUGCUGUGCUAUCGAAAGAGAAGGCCGAUAUGGUAUCGACUCAAGCGCAAGACAGCAGCUUCACGAGCGUGGCACAGGUGAUAGCUCGUGCCAAAGGAAAGGGUAGAAGCAGCCAAGCACGUUUGCUGGAAGUGGAAGGCUUUUUUCCAGAGACCUUUGACCGCAUCUUGCUGGAUCCACCGUGCUCGGCUCUCGGCUUGCGUCCACGGUUGCUGCACGCUAGCAAUGCGGCCAACCUGGCGGAGUAUACCAACAUGCAGCGCUGUUUCUUGUGGGUCGCUGCGUUUCUGCUCAAGCCCGGCGGCACGCUCGUGUACUCGACGUGUACGAUAAACCCGAACGAGAACGAGCAAAUGGUGCACCACGCGCUCGAAACGUACCCGUUCGAGCUCGUUCCUCAGCAAGAAGCUCAUCUCGGCAAUCGCGGACUGCAGGGCCAAGGCCUAUCCGACCACGAAGCGUCUCUCGUGCAGCGCUUCGACCCGUCAGAUGCAGUAUUGGAUACCAUGGGCUUCUUCUGCGCCAAGUUUGUCAAGACGAGAUCCAUUCGACAAGAUCAGGGAAAUGCAAUAUGA